AUGCCGAUCGCCAAUGUGCGAGGUGUCCAUCUUCAUUAUGAUGUGGUUGGGCAAUCUGGCCCUUGGAUCGCAUUCAUGCCGGGUGGUCGGAAAGCAGGGCGCGAAAUCCAAUCUCUCGCCGAGAAGAUCGCCAGUGCAGACUAUCGGGUACUACUUCAUGACAGACGGAAUUGCGGUGCGUCGGAUGUGGCGAUCGAGGGCGAUCAGCCCGAAUACGAAAUCUGGGCUGAUGACCUUUAUGAAUUAUUGAAACAGCUCGAUGCAUUUCCUGCGAUCAUUGGUGGCUCAUCGUCGGGAUCUCGAACAGCAUUGGUGCUGGCGCUCAAGCAUCCCGAGGUGAUUAGUGCGCUGCUGCUCAUGCGUGUCACGGGCGGUUCCUUUGGCUGCACGCUGUUGGCAGAAGACUAUUACGGUCAAUUCAUCAGAAUCGCUGAACAGAGCGGCAUGGCUGCGAUUUGUGAAACCGAUCACUUUGCAGCGUGUAUCGCGGCGCGACCCGUUAAUCGUGAACGGCUGAUGUCGAUGGACGCUGCCCGUUUCAUUGCGGUGAUGCAGAACUGGAGGCUCUAUUUCAUCAACGGCGUCGAUCAACCCGUUCUUGGCGCGGAUGAAGCUCAACUUCGGUCAUUUCACAUACCCACGUUCAUCGUCCCUGUGAACAACAAUUCUCCAUUGGAAAUUGUGAAAUAUGUUUCAAAAGUUUUUGAUCAUCCGAUGGAACUAUGUGCCGAACCUGUUGACGGAUCAAUUCAAAGUAGUCUGAUGGGAAGUGAGAAAAAUCCUGGACCAAAAUCGAAGCCAAAUGGUUAUCUUGACAUAACGAAUAAAGGAGAUACUAUAGAAUGGACAAAUUCAAAUGUUCAAGCAGGUAUGUUAAAAUUUCAAUUCCUUUUAAUUCGAAAACUGUCACUUAAUAAGGAGUACGAUUUGCUUCUAAAACUUGUUUAUAGCGACCGAACGGUGUAGUUUGAAUACGGUCAGGUUUUGCUAAAGAAUGUCGCAUCCCUCCCCCUCCCCUCCACCGCUGAAGCUAUUAUUAUCGUUGCCCAGAUGAGCAAAGUAUAACGGAUGCUUCAUAAUAAAUGAGUCUCUCAGUAUUUUAACUAUAACGUUUUUUUCUCUAAGGAGACACAGCUAUUUCUUCUUUUUAAAGGUUCGACGUUUUAUUCUCUACAAAAAAUACAUUGAAUAAUGUUCUACAUACAUUAAAAAUAAAGGGAUAUACAUCAAAUAAUGUGAAAUUUUAAUCUACACUACUUUUCAACUUAAAGUACAACGAAAAAAUUAUUUCGAACACGUUGCCAUGCAUAAAAAGUAGAAUCGAAAUGUAUGUUCUUUUGUUCUGAAGUGUCAUCUUUCUUUUCGUGCAUCAUACAUUCGCUUUAAAUGUGUUUUCCUAUCACAAAAAAGCGAUUUUAUUAAAAUUGAUCGAAAAACGGAAAGUUUGACUUCUUCAACAAGCACAGAAAAAGAAAUGAAACUAUUAGACUUUUUCUGUUAGGGAGUAAUAGAAGGACUAAUUUUCUGUAAAAUAAAAGAAAUUCAACCUCAAAAUGUUGAAUUUUAGCUGAGUUAUAAAGAAUUUCUUAUAUGCCUCAAACAUGGGCAAAAUGAGAAAUGAUCACGGAAACCACAUGCUUUUGAUCCUGAAUGACAAAAUCUUGAAGAAAAACAUGCAAAAGAUCUUGAUUACGAAAACGAAAUUUUUUAUGCCAAAAGCAUAGAAAAGAGCAUGGGAGGAAAAAGCAUGUAAUGUACCUUGGUUCAUCUAGUUGCUCAGAAAACAUAGCGUAGAUCUCGGAAAUUUUAAUUAUCAUACAAUGAUGUGGCGAUCUAAUUGGUCGAAGUGUAGUCAGAGUUUAAAAAGAAAUAUCAACACAGCUACUAACUAAAAAUGUACAAAGAUUUAUUUUAAGUUUAUAUAAAAUAAAUAGAAAGAUCUAUUCAGGGUAUUAGUAUUUGUUGGCAGUCUUAAGUCUUUAUACUGGUUUGUUUGUAUGAAAUCUUGUAUUGUUUCUUCUGCACAUAUUUGGAGCAAGUUGUCAUCCUUGUUUCUCUUUACUAUUCAAGGAUUUAAUUGCUUUCUCUUAAACGUGUUGUCACGAAGAGCACGAGAAACAAAUAGAAGUUCAUUGACAACCAAGAUUAAAUAUAAUACAGUAAUGUUGUUAUCGUCACUAACUAGUCAGGUUAAAAACUAAAGUUAGGUUCUGAAUACUGAUGCUGAAUAUACUUUCUUCUCAUCUCCCUCAUGUUCUUAUUCUAACGGGCAUAGGAUCUUUGAUUCGUAAAAUGCCUUCUGUGCCGAACUAUUAUUGGCAUGCGUAAACAGGAACGAACUCUUUUGGUGGAGUGGCAAUAUUGAUACAUUCUUCACUAAAGUCUAAAGUCAUACAUAGGGUUGAGAACUUUCUCCUGAUUGAGGUUGAAGUUGCACUUUCUGCCAUCCUUAUUGGUGCAGUAUACGUCCCACCUAAGUCCAAGCCUCCUUUUUUUGAAUUCGAAAAGUUUUUGACAAGGAAAUUUUUUAUUUUUGGUGAUUUCAAUGCGAAACAUAGUGACUGGAAGUGCUCCACUAAUAAUACUAGUGGUGUAGCGCUGAAAGAUUGGAUGGAAAUAAAUGGUUGUGAAGGAAUUUUUUCCUCCACUCCCACAUCUAAAAAAUCUGAUUCUAUUAUCGAUUUUGCUGUGGCGAAUGAUAGUUCUGGAUGGGAAUGUGAAACCUUAGACGAAGGCACCUCCGAUCAUUUUCCUGUUUUAUACUCAUCUUCUGUAGCUAUAUCUGAUAAAGGUGUUUUUCGUAAAACAAAUUGGAAAAUUUUUACUUUUAUUCUUUCCUGUCUAUAUAUGUAUUGGAAUUCGUGUGUAUACAAUUUCGACGAGCAAGUUUUCUUCUCUCUUUUCUCAUCUUUUCUUGCUUCUUUGUGUGACAGAACGAGCGAAUAUGUUCCUGUUAAACAGUAUCGGCCACCUUGGCCACCUAUUCUAGUUUCUCUUGCUCGUUCUGUGAAUCGAGAGAGAAGAAAAUAUAGAAGAACUCGUUUCUUGGUUCAUCUUAAAGAAUUUUUAGCUAUUAGAAAGAUAUUUUACACUGAAAGAGCAAAAUACGAACAGAAAAGACGUGUAAAACAUCUUCAGUCUCUUUCACAAGGACAAAAUAUAUGGCGCUUUGUACGUCCUUCAUUUCAUUCCUAUUCUCCGUCUUUUCGUGGAUUGACAGUCAAUGGGAAUAUUGAGAAAGAUUCAGUUAAAAUAACUAAUCAGUUAGGAAAUUUUUUUG